AUUUCAUACAACGAUACAACAAUCCAUAAAUAAUUCAUAAGGAUGGUAGAAGGGUUUUCAUGCUGUAUGUAGACUUAUCCAUCCAGGCGAUCAAAUCUAUUUUGUUGGGGCAUACCAACAGAGACUUUUCGGCAAGUUUACCAACAACCAUGUUUGUAUGAUCAUCUUCUUGGAAAAGUGCGAUUUCCUUUCAUGCUUUGAAAAUAUUAUCGAUGCUUUGACUAAUUCUUUGUUCUAUUUGUUUUCUCUCAAAGCCCUUAUCCAGAAACAUGUAGAAAAUGUGAAAUAAUUCUAUUAAAAAGUUAAACAAUUUAUCCGCUGCUUUCACCGAAAGAAAGCCUAGCUCCUAGGCUUCCUCGGUCUUAAAAUCCUACUUUCUCGUAUUAUCUCUCCACCCAUAAUCCUUUUGUUAUUGAAGCAAAUGCCCAUUUCUCUGUAAUUCACGAUUUAAAUUAGUCAAGAAAGUUUUAUUGCUACGUUGGAAAGAACAGGAAAGAUAUCCCUAGAAGAGACGAGAAGUUAUUCAAGUUACAAUGCCGUCGUAAAGCAACCAGCAUCCUUAGAUAAAGGAAAGGUUAGAGGAAAAAAUUGUUCUUGUUCUUGUUCUUGGUGCAAUUGCCGUUUUAUUUGCAAUGUGAAAAGGGAAAGGAAGAAACUGCCUAUCUUAGGAACCCAUCUAUUUUGGCCAGACAAAGAUUUAUGAGUCAAGCAUCUCGAUAGUUAUGCUGAGGUCAGCGAAAAUAUACUGUUGAACAUGUUUAUAGAAGAUGAAAAUGAAAAAUUUGGUCUAACCUGCCCUUUGACGUAAUUGGCCUUAAUUUUAAUUGUGUGUGUUUGUGUGUGUGUGUGUUUGUGUGUGUAUGUGGAUUUUUAUCAAUAUUUUAUCAAUGCUUUCUUACUUGAAUCGUUAGGACCUUCCUAGAAUUGUUGUUUCAACAUUUAUUGGCCUUCAAAGCAGGUUGUUUGCUAAAUAACUGAUUAUUCUUAUAAAGACUAUUGUGCUGAAGCUGUCUAAAUCCUAGCUGGCUUCGUCGAAAAUAGUGCAUUUUAAUCAAUUUCUACCAGGAAAGAGCAGAGAUGCAAAAUUGCAUGUUUUAUCUGAAGAGGCUUAUUCGGGAUUUCUUUGGCAAUGUUAAACUCUUGCAGGUACCAAUAUUAUCUGAAAAAAAUAUGAAAAUGAUAGCAGAUGGUCCAAGUUCAAGUCAACUGUUAAUGUUCAACGAAAAUUUGUUUGAAACGUAUCGCCGAUAUUGAACACGAUUUUCUACAUUUUUACCAUUGAAAGCGAACUGGUUGAAUCUUAUCUACAUUCUUGUUGUUUGACAGGUACAGGAAGAUUUUUUUUGCAAAGUAUUUUCUGCCUGUCGUUAAGAUAAACAUUGCAUCGAGAACGCCUAGGCUGGUGAAUGCGGAAAGGUGUCCCACGCCUGUUUCAUAUUGAGACGCAAUGGCUACGUGCAAAUGCUGCAGAUGCUGCUGCGGUAGUACUGGUGCAAGAGAAUUCUGGUCCCAGAUGUUUGACAUCAUAAAGAAAGGCAUACCAGUUGUUAUAAUGCAGAUAAUUGGAUGGGCCGUCUUCUCCUAUGUCGAGGACAGUUUGAGCAUCAUAGAUUGUUUUGUUGACAACGAGGUAGUUGCUGAUAAACUCUACCCUCAAAGCGAUGAGAUGAAAAAAGCAAUCGAACUUUUCACAAGACUUAACCAUAGAACAAAACUGCAGCCUUCUUACAACCAGAGUAUUGCAAUAUAUGCGUUGUUUCAGUCAUAUUUUAAAGUCCCUCCUCCAGUACAUUUGUCAAAAAUGAUAUUGGGAGAUCUUGGCUGCCUAAAAUGGUAUCGCUUUUCAGUAAUGACAAUGACAACAAUUGGUUUUGGUGGUGUAACUCCGAAGACAAAACUUGGGAAAAUGCUUGUUAUCCCGUAUGCCUUGGUGACUAUACCUUUAAUGCUCUCGCUUCUGGCAAGCUUUGGAACCAUAGCUUCAAGUUGGGCGGAAGGCAUUAUGCUGUUGGUGCAUAGAUUAACGAGAGGAAAUAAGCCAUUGAGAUACAGGCUCAUCAAACGCUGCUUCUAUCUCUACAUUGUGGUUUGGAUAGUCAGCGCGUUUUUCUACUCAGUAGCUGCAACGUCUCCAUAUGUGCUUGAUACUUUUUAUUUCAUUCAAGUUACCUUCUCUACAGUUGGAUUUGGAGAUAUAUUAGGGCCAGCAAACAAAAUAGACUUUUAUAUCUAUUGGCUGUUUUUCGGUUUGGCUGCAUUCUCAGGGUUUGCUGAUUCGAUUUUGGCUGCAGCACCUAGGGUGAAAUUCGGGAUCAAAAGAGGCAACACGUUUUAUUGUUUUCAUUACAUUGAAGAUGAAGAAUUGGAGGGGUUUUCCGAUACCUCUCCAAAUCGUAAUAACGACUCGUCCCCAAAUUAGAGAACGAUGGUCACAUUGCUCAAUGAAGAUUCGUUGUUAAAUAGUGUUGGUCUAGGUUUUAGAUCGGCAACAUCGAAAUGUUUUUUCAUUUGUUUAUUAAACUUUAAACUUUGUCGAAGGGUGUCUUGGGCUCGGGGAAAAUUGUCGCAAGAUGGUUUCUUGCAGAUUUUAUUUUACUGAUUCUCGCUGAGAAGCACUAAUUGAACCAUUUUUCAAUCACAAUAAUUGAAAAAAGAAAUAACCAGAAAGAGAUAUCGCCAUUUUUAAUUCUUUGGGCUUGUUUGUUUGUAUUGGAAAUCCAAAAGAUGAAACAGCAUUGAAGCAACAAAACAGAGGGAACAGGUGUACGGUUUCAUGAAAAGCUACGAGUGUGGCUUUAGGAAUCCUUUGCAUCAAAUCAAAUCAAAUCAAAUCAAAUCAAAUCAAAUCAAAUCAAAUCAAAUCAAAUCAAAUCAAAUCAAUAGACAUUUCUUCCUUCCCUUGUCAAGGUUUUGCUACAAGCUCUCUCUCCCCUCCGCGAACUCUCCCUUACAUUUCCAACUAAAAACACUCGUGGAGUGGAUUCCAGUAGCCUUUUUCUCGAUUCAGAGACUUGAAUUAUCAGUUUUACGGUGUCUAUUGAAUCUAUCUUUAAAAGUAUAUUUCGUCAUCACAAGUUCCGUCUAUAUUUUGGACAAUCAAUUCAUAGUUAUUCUAUGUGUAUCAAUUCACUAUUGCCUGCCGCUUUUAAGAAAUGACCUGUGCUGAAAUGCUGAUGAUGAAAGGAGUUGGCAUUUCACAAGAAUUUAGCCUCGUAGCUGUGGUGAUCGUUGAGCGCAAAGAAACGUGCAUGGAAUUUAUCUGAAAUCGAUCUGAAAAAGAAGUGGGAUUCGUGCGAGAAUGUGUAGUAUAAGGUAUAUUGUUUAUGUUACUAUUGAAGAUAUUUUCGUAUGACAUGUUGUUUGUUUUAAAAAGUCAACUUUCAAGAUCUUGAAGUGCCUAGAAAAGACAAUGUACGGUAUCACAUGAAAUUGCUUGCACAGGUGUAAAUAUUUUUUAUUGUUUACAAUACUAGCUUGUUUCUCCUCUACUUGUAUUUGUUAUGUUACGUUUAUAUUAUUUAACUUCCUUUUACAUUGUUUAUACUUUUAAGCUUGGAUUAUUUCUAAUUUGCAACAAGUGUAUGUAUCCAGUGGAAUUUAAAAUAAAACUGAACUGAACUGAACUGAAUUGGUUCACACUUGAUAAAUCUUGAAUGUAUUUUUAAUUUUCUUUGUUCAUUUUGGUAUCCUUGACUAUAUUUCAUAUAUUUUAAUAUUUAUUGAGUAGAACUGGCAAGGAUGUUCAGGCUUGAGAGGAAAUUGUGUUCCGGAGUUAUACAUUAUUCGGUGAACAUUGAGCAGUGUAUGCGGUAAACAGUUUCGUCAGUCAAUUGUCAAAGCACGUUUCUAUAUGCAUGUCGACUUUUUGGCAUAAAACAAUCAAGGAGCUUACCACACAAGCCAUUUUCUCAUAGAUUUUAAGUACUUUCAUACGAAUCCAUUUAUCAAACUUUUUUCUAAGUAAAUAAAUUUGAGAUGCUCUUUCAAUCUCAAUCUCCCGCCUCAUCAGUAUAUCAGGCCAUCGUUUAUGCUUUCCUACACAGAAAAAGAGAUGCGCGAUUGACUAUUAAAGUUCACCGCAAUAGUGCCAAUAGUAGGCACACGUAAAUGAUACAAACAAAACUCAAUGCCUUUAAACCAAAAGCCUCUUAAUUUUCCAAUAUUUUUGUAUUGUCUUAUGGAAUGGUGCAGUAAUGGAUUUCUAUCUGCUCGUGUGCUUAGUAGCCGGUAUAUCAAUCGUAAUUAAGGUGUUUGUUUAAUCUAUUCAACAUUUGCUUUAUAUUUCAUGGUUCACAGCAGGUUGAAAACAAGCAUUUUUAGAUUAACCAUCCUUUACUCAGUGUAAUAUAUUUGAAUAUCAAGAUAUGAAAUAUGUUAAAUCUAUGAAAUAACUGAUGCUUUUUGGGCUGUCUCCACUAUCCAGAUUAAAUACGAAAUAUAGAUGACUGCAGAUUAUUUUCCCCCUGUGUAAUAUAGUUUUUAUGAUGACCCUGGACAAGUACACAGUCAUAUUGUAAAAGGCUAUAUAUUGUUAUCUAUAAAGAUCUGCAAAACAAUGUUCUAUUUUUUCAAACAAAAAUUAUCACGUGUAAAGAGCCACUGUGCAGAAUACACCGUGCAUAAUGGAAGUAGCAAACUGUUGUAUUGCUCAGAUAUGGGAUUUUAAUAUUCUGAUUCACUGUUUCCUAAGCAAUGAGGUUUAAUGUUAUAUCUCUUGUUGUGUUGCGUUAAGAAUAAAAACAUCCCUAACUUUUUUAUAUCUGACAUGACUGCUCUAAAUGUCAGCGGUUCUCGAAUAUACCUCGGGUUCAGAAUAUAUCUCCUACGCCAGGGGUGCCGUUCUAAGGAAAGGGGGCUGUGCUGUAGGCAAAUUCAAGAGGCCAUAGUCAUGACCACGCCCUUACCACACCCAAUUCACUUGCACUUGUGUUAAAGACUCACCGUUCUGUCUAGAAGUCAUUCAAACUAUUCGAUGACACAAAAAGACUGAUAAGAGUUAUGUUGUUUUCUGGUGGCAUUUUUGUAAACAAGCACAAGUUUGUAGG